GAUAAGCUGCCGUUGGUUGACUGCUACUAAUCGAUUGCUCCAUCCUCUUUCCACCUACCGAAGUGCCAAAAACUAUCUUCUCUCCGCCGCUACUCCCAUCAUUUCUUCCUCCUCAAGGUCACAAUGGAACAAGCGCUGCCUCUCUCCGACGCCUCCGCUACCUUCUCCUCCGACGCCGCCGGUUCCUCGGCCGGUGGACCUGCACCCUUUCUUCUAAAGACCUACGACAUGAUCGACGAUUCUUCCACCAACGAAAUCGUCUCGUGGAGCAGCACAAAUUCAAGCUUCGUCGUCUGGAAUCCCCCCGAGUUCUCCUCCCGCCUCCUUCCCACCUACUUCAAACACAGCAAUUUCUCCAGCUUCAUCCGGCAGCUCAACACCUAUGGCUUCCACAAAAUCGAUCCAGAACGGUGGGAGUUCGCAAACGAAGAUUUCGUUAAGGGUCAGAAACACCUGCUCAAGAACAUCCACCGCCGGAAGCCAAUCCACAGCCACAGCCAACCGCCGGCGGACGCCGAGCGAGCCGCGCUCGAGGAAGAGAUAGAGAAUCUUCAGAAGGAUAAAGCCAGGCUCCAGGCUGAUUCUUGGCGCUUUAAGCAGCAGCAUUCAAACGCGAUCAUUCAGCUCGAAUAUCUCGAGCAGAGGAUGCGGGAUAUGGAGCAGCGGCAGGAAAAGAUGGUAUCAUUUCUCCAAAGAGCCGCUCAGAACCCUAAAUUUGUGGAGAAAAUCAUAAAAAUGGCAGGCGCUCAGGAUUUUUCCACACUCCAAAGAAAAAGGAGGCUUCCAGAGGCCAAUUGUUGUCCUGAGAUUUCAGAGAACAGCUUCUGUGAGAAUUCUGUUAAUUCCACGGGUAACUUGAGGCUUGUGGGAGAGGUAGGGGAUUUACCCGACCAGGAGUUGUGUGAUAAAUUGAAGCUAGGGCUUUGCACAGCCAUUUCAGAUAAUAAUCUGGUUCCCCCCUGCUCGCAGAGCUGGAACGAAGAUUACCAGAGUCUUCAUGGGAGCGACACAAAUGAAGGAGACCUUCUCAGGAUUGAAUGCCUUCCAUUAGUCCCUGAGACACUCGAGCUUUCCGACACUGGAGCUUCUUUCUGCCCAAGAAAGAUCUCAUUGUUGAUGACCGAUCUUGAAGAUGGUAAUGACGGGCUUCUUUCAUGCCACUUGGAUCUUACUCUUGCUUCAUCCUCCAUGCAAACUGAUAGAAUCGAUCAGUUGAACAGAAUUCCAAGCACAAUAGACCUGGAUAUGGCUAAUGUUGUUGAUCGCAGGGGAAAGGAGGAUGAAGUUAAUAAGAUUGAAGGAAGUAAAAUAGAGGUUGCUCUGGCAAGCAAUAACACACCAUUGCCUAUUACAACUACUGGAAGGGUGAAUGAUAAGUUCUGGGAGCAAUUCCUGACAGAAAGACCGGGGUCCUCAGACACAGAAGAAGCAAGCUCCAGCUUGAAGGAGGAUGAAGAAGAACAAGAAGAGAUGAUGCUUGUGCAAGAGAAAAACCAGAGGAACAUAAAAGAUAUGGAACAGCUCACUCUUUAAAUGAUUUUUUAGCUGGUACUUUUAUGGCUUUAACCAUGCAGAUAAUGCUAUAUGAUCUUUUUGGUAGCUUUUCUCGUAUAAUGUAAAUUUAUAUAUAUAUAAAUUUGUUUUUAGUGAAAAGAAUGAUGUGCUGCAAGCAAAGUUUUUUAGUCAGGCGCGUAGUGUUUGGAAGGAAUUUGAGUGUAGUCCAACAGGUUGGCACACAGCUCUCCUUGGCCUGUUUGUUGAGGGCUAAGGCUUUUAACUAAGAGGUCUAGGAUUCGAGUUUAUGUGUAUGCGUUGUGUGUAUGAGUUUGCCUUAAAUGACCUAAAUGUCCAAAAAA